AUGGACCUGCCAGAAGGCCAGGCUGGCAGUCCCACUACAGAAAUGUACCUGUGGGAGCAACCUGAGGAAGUGAGCUCAGGACCACUGCUCAACCUAGAGGAGCAAAUUCUCAACUCUACGUUCGAAGCCUGUGACCCUCAGAGGACAGGCUCUGUGGCUGUGACACAUGUGCUAGGCUACUUGGAGGCAGUGACAGGCCAAGGUCCUCAGGAUGCACGUCUCCAAACGCUGGCCCACAGUCUAGACCCCGACGGGCAGGGCCCAGAUGCCACUGUAGACUUGGACACCUUCCUGGUGGUCAUGCGGGACUGGAUAGCUGCGUGUCAGCUGCAUGGGGGAUUAGAGCUGGCAGAAGAGACCGCCUCGGAGGGAGCCCUGGCCCCCCAGCACCUGCCAUCUGGAAGCUCAGAAGCUGAGGAGCCAGCCAACCUGGAGAGCUUUGGAGGCGAAGACCCCCGACCCGAGCCGCCUGCCACAGCUGACCUGCUGAGCAGCCUGGAGGACCUGGAGCUCAGCAACCGGCGCCUGGCCGGGGAGAACGCCAAGCUGCAGCGCAGCGUGGAGACAGCCGAGGAGGGCUCUGCGUGCCUGGGCGAGGAGAUCUCCGCCCUGCGCAAGCAGCUCCGCAGCACCCAGCAGGCCCUGCAGUUCGCCAAGGCUGUGGACGAGGAACUGGAGGAUUUGAAGACUCUGGCCAAAAACCUGGAGGAACAGAAUCGCAGCCUCUUGGCCCAGGCUCGGCAGACGGAAAAGGAGCAGCAACAUCUGGUGGCUGAGGUGGAGACUCUGCAGGAGGAGAAUGGAAAGCUGCUGGCUGAGCGGGAUGGAGUGAAGAGGAGGAGUGAGGAGCUGGCCACGGAGAAGGACACAUUGAAGAGGCAGCUGUUUGAAUAUGAACGCCUCAUUUGCCAGCGAGAUGCCAUUCUGUCCGAGCGCACCCUGCACGCCGAGAGCCUAGCCAAGACUUUGGAGGAAUACAGAACAACCACCCAGGAACUGAGGCUAGAAAUCUCUCAUCUGGAGGAGCAGCUGAGUCAGACCCAGGAGGGGCCGGAUGAGCUGCUGGAAGGGGCCCCGGUAAGAGGAGCAGGCUGGACUGCGUCACUGCCCCCAUCGCUGGGUUUAGAGAUCCAAGCCAUUCAACAGAAACAAGAAGUGCCAAAUACUGAUCUCUCCAGUCCUCUGUGUGGUGUGUGGCAGUGGGAGGAGGUUCCAAGGGAUCCCAGCAAAGAGGCAGAAUUCCCACUGGCAGAAGCCCCCACUGACACUGACAGCCUGGCUGACGCUGAUGAACAGGGACUCCACUGCAGCAUCCUCAGCCAGCACCGCACUGCCUUCCCCAGCUCACCAUGCAGCCCUGUGGAGCCAGAGCUCGGUGUCCUGGUGCCUGUGCUGACAGAGCUGGUCCCAUUUAGGCCGCCCUGGACCUCGCACUGCCUGCCUCCCCAGCGCCCCCACGUGCUCAGGAUCACUUGGCACCUGCUGGUCCCAGGGCUGGUCCUGGGCCUGCUGCUGCUGUUGCUUUCAGUCCAGCUGCUGGGCCAGCCCUCACCCCCCACCUGGCCCCACCUCCAGCUCUGCUACCUGCAGCCCCCGCCUGUGUGA